CCAUUCCGACUCUCGUGAAUCACCGGCUAUUUUGCUCAACUGUACUUCUUCCUUGUUCUUCUCUUAUCAUUGCUCUCUAAGACACCCGACUGAAAUGACCAGCUCCUGGAUCGGUCUGCUUAUCCUGGCUGCCUGCCUCGACCUCGCGGUGCACGCCGAAGUUGUCCCCUUCAAAGCAUGCCCCGAAACAAAAACCAACUUCUGCACGAUAAAUGAAAUACGCGUUGAUCCUUGCAAGGAAGCAGCCCAAGGUAAAGCUUGCGUGUUGAAAAAAGGCGAGGAUGCGACAAUCAGCUACGACUUUACUCCAAAGUUUGAAUCCAAAAACUUGGAAUCCCGAGCUUUCUGGUCUAAUCAGCUGAUAGAUUUACCUUUCAUGGGUAUGGAAACAAAUGCUUGCAAAGAAGGAACAACGUGUCCUUUAAAGAAAGACGCUCAAAACACUUACAAGAUAAAAUUGCCUAUACUCAAGGAAUAUCCCGCUAGACCAUUUGAUGUUAAAUUCAAAUUAUGGAAUACGGAUAAAGAUGAAGAAAAUUGCUGCUUCAUGAUUCAAGUCAAGCUGGUCAAAUGAAAUACAUCCAAUCAUUAUUUGAUUUGAAACAAAUACCCUUAUGUGAAAAUUGACGGUGGACAUUAAAAACUAUUAAAAUAAUUCGAAAAAC